AUCCAAGAUGGCCGCGAUGACAGAUAGACCGAGCUGUUAACUGAACGCGGGAUACGCCUAAAAUUCCAGUGAUCCGAUCGAACCAUAUCUUUUCUAUAUUUUCGAUAAAAUGAACGUAAUAAGUUGGUGCAGUGGUGUGAAAGGCGGAGGAUCCAUGAGGGACAAAUGACUUUUGCACACGCGUAUGCUACGUUUUGUGUUCGGUCUGUUUUUUCACGGAGAUCAAUUUGUCCGUCAAAAACAAGAACUCGCUCUAAGGAAAACGAUCAAAGAUUAAAAGUUCUGAGGCUUAUGCAUUGAAAAAUUUGAGCUUCAGAAUAGAGAAAAUGGAGGCAGUCGUGCUGCACAACUACGAAGCUCAGGAACCUGACGAGCUUACUUUGAAGAAACGAGACAUUAUCACCGAUAUUAAAGUUACUCUUGGCGGUUGGUGGGAAGGUACCAUAAGAGACAAACGUGGCUUGUUUCCCAACAAUUUCGUCAAGGUAUUAGAGCCUUUGUCGGGUGGAAGUGCAGGAAACGGAGGAUGCAAAGUGGCUUCGGAAGAAGUUCCUUUGAAGAAUGGAGGCUCGAGAAAACGAUUUUGUAAAGUGCUUUUUAGUUACGAGCCUUGUAAAAAUGACGAAUUAAAAUUAAUACCUCAAGAUACAAUAGAAUUUUGGGGCGAGGCCGAAAAUGGAUGGUGGAAAGGUAGACUCAAAGACAGAGUUGGAGUAUUCCCCUCCAACUUUGUAUCUCCGCUUUACGAAGAAUCCGAAACGCACAAAGAUCAAGAGAAAAAAGAAUUGUGCAAAGUAAUUUCCUCUUACGAAGCUGCCAAUGAAGAUGAAUUAACGUUAAGCGAAGGAGAUAUAAUAACCCUUUAUUCGAGAGAUGCUCCUGACGAGGGUUGGUGUAUAGGAGAAUUGAAGGGCCAAGUGGGUUGGUUUCCUGAUAAUUUUGUCGAAAUGAUAAAUUCUGUAACGGAUCAUCAGGAUCACGAACAGAGACAUGAAUCAUAUGUGAAAUCGCUUACAGAACAUUCCGAUCGGGUAAAGAAGAAUAAAAAACCGUAUAUUAGAAGAAGUUUGGAUGUACAAUCUGUAAACACAGAAUCAACUAAGGUGACCAUAUCAACGACUGUACCUUCUUCGAUAACAUCCACUUCUCCAGGUGUAGGAGGAAGUAAUGGGGAAAGAGUAUCGAUAGGAACGCAUUUAAUCAUAUCGAAUUUAAAACGCCUUGUACGCGACGUUGAACCCAACAGUGACAAUGGAAGCAAUAAUACAGCUUUGGGCGAAGAAUUGGACGGUGUGGAACGAGGAGGAGCACCACUUUCACAUUUAACAGCAUCUCGAGCUAAAGCACCCCGUCGGCGCCCACCUUCUUCGCGACGCUUACGACAUCAUGCCACUGGACCAGCCAACACCACCACAUCCACCACGAAACCGGAAGAUAAUUUAGCAAACUGGAAUCCAGACACUAUGUUAGAACAGUUUCGCGAAGAAGAAUCCGAAGGACUGACUGCGAAAGCAAGAAGGAAAGCGCCAUGGGUAGAAGAAUUGAAAUUAAAUCAACUAGAAAAGCGAAAAAUAGGACCGAUCGAUCGUGUCGAUAAAGCCGAAGUUAAGAAAGAACGCAGUUAUCCACGGUUGACAACGACGUCUGCCUUGGAGUUGAUUAACAAAUUGAAAGCAAAAAGUGAAGAAAUUAAAUCAAAAGAUAAGAGUCAAAAAUCUGAUACGUCUCCGCAUCUCGAGCAAACUUUAGCUACGUCUGGUACUCCUGCUUAUGUUCCGUAUGGUCUCUACAAUCAACUAUUACAGAGGGUUGCAGCGUUGGAAGAGGAACAAGCAUUGUUGCAGCAAAUGAUGGACCUUUUUUUGGAUCAGUUUGUACCUCUUUUGUCUUGGAUCAACAGCCCUACAGAUUAAGAGAUUCGAACGCAUAAAUUCUACAGUAUGUUUCUUUCUUUGUUAUCGUUUUACGCAUAAUGUAAUUGUUUCGAUUUUUCUAUCUAUUGUAAAUAGGAGAGUCAGCUGGCAAUUCUUUUAUUUAUUAUAAUAUGGUAACAGUAUUUCUCUAAACUUGUUGAUAAAUGUAACAUUCCGUACGUUGUGUUUUGUAGAUAAGAAAAAGUAUUCCUCUGGUUCGCGAUUAGAUUACAUCGCAACUGCCUGAUUAUUUGAUAUAUGCAUAUUUUUGUAAGUGGAGCCCAAGUAUUUCAGACAGAUGCAUUUCUUACUAUACCGUUCGAAUUCUUUUAUUUCUAUAACGAUAUAAUUUUUUAUUAGUUUUUGAUUAUACGUAAUUGGAUGAAAUUUAAAGUAUGUUUUCUUAAUCAGUCAACGUGGAAGCAUUUGAGUCGUUACAAGCCAAAGUGAUUAACUCCACUUGUUGCGCUUUUUAAAAUCUCAGUAUCAAAGCACUCGAUUGAUACAUAACUUUAUAUUUAAAAUAAAAGAAAUUUAAAUAUUGAACCGAACCUUAAGAAAGAAUAUAUAUUAUUUUAUCGAUUUCUUUUCUUUUCCUUUUGUGGAAUUAAUUGAUUUGGCAAAUGAGCGGCUCAUUUAAGAAUGUACUUACUGACGAUUAGAUGCUGGAGGAUAUUCUUCUGGGACAAUUUCAGCUUAAACGUACGCUAAUUUAUUUGAAGUAGGACACGUGAUAUGUCUGAAAGCUACGAUUAACAGUGCCACUUUAUGCUGACCAGUUAACAGAUACCUGGCAUAUACAGAUACACGGGUAAUUAUUUUAAAAGUAUUCUCCAACAUUCAUUUAAAAAAUAAAUGUAUUUUCAACGUGUAUUUAAGAUACACGUGUACCAGUUUAGACGUUAUUCGAAUAAGGAGUAACAAAUGAAAUUUUAUUUAUUAUUCGAUUAUAAUUCUCGAAGUUUAUUCAUUAUUUAUUAUUAUUCGUUCAGUAUUGUUCAUUUUAUUGAUCUAUGCUUGAGCAUGAUUGGGAAGUAGGGAAUAAGGAAAACAGCUAUAAACAUUUUGCGUAGAGCAGAUUCAUAAACUAAUUUCUAUCUACGUUAGCUCACGAAUGAACUAACUUUAUUCGCGAAUAAAAUUUGCCCAACUCUGAACGAGUUUAGACAUUUUUAUUCGUUAUUCGAGAAUAAAAUCGGUUUAUUCGUUAUUUGAAACAACUUUGGUCUGACGUUGGUUCGCGUGUAUACAAAAUAGAAUUUGAUAUAGUCGAUUUCGAAAACAUUGAUAUACAGGGUGUUCGGUCACCUCUGGGAAAAAUUUUAAUGGGGUAUUCUAGAGGCCAAAAUACGACGAAAAUCAAGAAUACCAAUUUGU